CAGCAGCAGCAGCAGCUAUCUGCAGAGGAGGAGCCGCGCUGCAGCGAUCAGGGGAUCCAAAGAAGAGGAAAAGUCAAAGAUCUUCCAGCAGCUCCAGCCUUUCUGUGCGCCUGGAGGGAGCAGCUGCGCCCAGCCUGCGGCUCUGCGCUGAGGACCGGAGCUCUUUAUCACCGGGCCGUCCUUAUCUGGAGGAGCAGCAGAAGUUUCUCCGGGUCAGACUGACCCAGAUCCCCCUGAAGGCCCCCAGAAUGUACCAAAGUCUGGCCCUGUCCUCCAACCAGCCCCCCUACCCCCAUGACACCGGGAAUUACAUCCACCCCUCGGCCAGCUCUCCGGUUUACGUCCCCACCAGCAGGGUCCCGGCCAUGCUGCCCUCCCUGCCCUACCUGCAGAGCUGCGAGUCCAGCCACCAGAGCCACGGCCUGCCCGGGCCCCACGGCUGGGCCCAGAGCGCCGCGGACGGCUCCUCCUUCGCUCCCAGCAGCCCUCACCCUCCGCACGGCUUCUCCUACCCUCACAGCCCGCCCGUCAGCGCCAACGCCGCGCGGGACGGAGGCUUCCAGGGUCAGUACGGGGGCGCGCUGGUGCGCUCCGUGGGGGGGUCUUACUCCAGCCCGUAUGCGUACAUGAGCCCGGAGAUGGCCACGUCUUCCUGGACCCCAGGGCCCUUCGAGAGCGGGGUGAUCAGUCUGCAGGGCCGGCAGGGGGCCCUGAGCGGGCGGAGGUCCAGUCUGGAGCUGAUGGACGACAUGCCCACGGAGGGCAGAGAAUGCGUGAACUGCGGCUCCGUUUCCACGCCGCUGUGGCGCAGAGACGGAACCGGUCACUACCUGUGCAACGCCUGCGGCCUCUACCACAAGAUGAACGGCAUCAACCGGCCGCUCAUCAAGCCCCAGAAACGGCUGCAGACCCCGUCCCGCCGCGCCGGUCUGUGUUGCACCAACUGCCACACCAGCACCACCACGUUAUGGAGACGCAACGCUGACGGGGAGCCCGUCUGCAACGCCUGCGGCCUUUACAUGAAGCUGCACGGGGUGCCCAGACCUCUGGCCAUGAAGAAAGAAAGCAUUCAGACGAGGAAGCGUAAACCCAAGAUACCGAAGAAUAAAACAUCCACAGGAUCCAUCACCUCGGACGCCAGCUCCCCAUCCUCCCUGAAAGUCUCUGAACACGCCUCGGCCAUCAAGAGCGAACCCAGCAUGGCGUCCUACGCAGGGCAUGCAGUCACACCUGGCGCUCAGACUGCUUCUCCGCUGGACAGCGCAGCAUCUGGACAUGUGGACAUUAAAUACGAAGAUUAUCCCUUCACCCCAACGUCCAUGGCUGCACAGAAUUCCUGGUGUGCUUUGUCUCAAGCGUGAGCAUCCUGGGAGAACAGGACUACCUGACUGACUAGGUCUCACUUUACUGAAGGGACAGUCCUCUUUGCUCUGCAGCUACGUCCAUGGAGCUGCAGCCCUGGGACGAUUCGGUUAUAUGGAUCACAAUGGGCUGAAAGCAAAAAGAAAACAAGCAAAAGGUGACAGACAGGCUACCUACUGCCAAGUAAUGAUGGGAUGUUAUGGAACACACUGGCUGUAAAUGACUCCAUCAGUCUCACCAGGAAUGGACUUAACGGGUCUUUCAAAGUGCCUUUUUUUUAGGAGCUGCAGCUCAUAAAAAAGAGCUAAGAACUUGGACCGACGUUCGUCCACCAAGCUGCAUCAGUGCAUCAACUUCUACUACCUAUAUCAUGUUUGGAGAAACAUUACACUAAACAGAGCUCACCAGUAAAAAUACAUUCAGCUGGAAUUGGAGAAGAUAAGGACACAAUAACCCGAUUUAAAGCUUCCACAUCAUUUUAUAGCGUUUAUUUUUCUCUCUCGCUGUUUUACGUUCAGCCUAUCAAAGACAAUCCCAGCGUGUUGUUUCAGUGCAAUCAAAAAAAUUGGACAGAAAAUAACUCUUUAUGGCUGUUAAGCAUGUCUCAUUACCAACAUGUAGAUGAUUAACAUUUAUAGGCACAUUAUUUAUGUUGAGAUAAGGGCAGUUAAAAGUCAUUGUGGACACUAAAAGCAGCCGGUUGUAAACCGCCGCUCACUGGGCUCCUCGUAGAGAGGCUGCUCUUUUUCCCGAGCUACAGGCUGUUUUAGAAAAACACAGACUUAGAAACGACAAAAUAAAACGUCCAAAAGUUCAUCAUUUUACUGAUCUAACAGACAACAGCAAUGAAAGUGCAAUGAGUAAUAAGAGUGUGAAAUGUAUUGUAAUCAUAAUGUAAUUAUCUCGGUUUUUUAUUAUGCAAGAGAGUGUGUGGAUUUUCUGUUUUAUUUUUUCAAAUUUGUUUAGUUUAAUAAACAUAUAUAAUUUCA